ACAUUUACCUUUUACAAGCUUGUGGCAUGGUUUAAUGAUAGACACACCCACGCAGUUGGAUUGCAGAAUGAGGGAGAGAGAUGGGCUCCAAAGCCUAAGACCUUUCUAGAGAAGGCAAAGGAAAGGGCAAACACACACACUGUUGAUUGUUUUGACUUACAGUCAGGGACAUAUGAGGUAUUCCUUCAAGCUGGUACUACUUCUGACGGCGAGUCACAAGAGUCGAGGAAGCAUGUGGUUGUCCUUAAUGACUUGUCAUGUACUUGUGGCGCACCCAGGCAAUACCAUUUUCCAUGUUCUCAUCUAAUCGCAGCUGCUCGAGCUCGUAACUUUGACUUAGAGAGGAGGAUACCUCAAGAGUUUACUAUUGAUAAACUAGUGUUGACUUGGAGUCCAAGAUUUAUUCCUUAUCGUGACGCGGGUGAGUGGCCUCCGUACGAUGGCCCAAAGUAUGUCGCUGAUCCAAGUAGUCGUUGGACCAAGCGUGGAUCCAGGAAGAGAACGAGGCACAAGAUGGUUAUGGAUCAGGUUGGUGGUAGGAGUAGAAGGGGAAGGAGAACACCAUUUCUUACCGACCCCGAGCAGUAUGAGUGUGGCAAGUGCGGUAGACUUGGUCAUAAUUCACGCACUUGUCGUUGGCAGAUUAGCGAGGAUGGCACAGUUCCACCUCCUCGACCCGUUCUACGACGAGAGCCACCGGGGGCGCCUUCUGUCGGAAGGCCAGGACCUAGCAACGCUUCGUUCUAGGACACACAAUGGGUUCCUAGACAUGGUGUUCGACGACAGGUACACUAAUUACCUCAGACGAGCAGGUCUAGAUGUAAUAUCUUACCAGUUACGACGCGGGUUGCCUACUAUUGAUUCGGCGGCCAUUACUGCACUUGUGGACAGGUGGCGGCCUGAGACACAUAGUUUUCAUCUACCUUUUGGUGAGAUGACAGUCACAUUAGAGGAUGCACAGAAGAUACUUGGACUCAAUGUUGGUGGCAGAGCAGUGACAGGCCAAUGUGACUCUGACGGUUGGAGGGCUAGAGUUGAGGCCUUUCUUGGUAGGGAGCUUCCUGCUGAGGGCGUUGAAAGGACUGCUGGAGUAGGCAUCACAUGGCUCCGUCAGUCUUUUGGUGUGUGCCCUGCUGAUGCUGAUGAGGCUACAGUCCAGUUCUAUUGUCGAGCUUGGAUCUUGCACAUGUUUGGUUGUGUCCUCUUCCCAGACGCCACAGGAGACUGCGCGUCCUGGAUGUACAUCCCAUGUCUAACCGACUGGGAUACAGCUGGACAGUACAGUUGGGGCUCCGCUGUGCUUUCUUUUUUGUACCGGCAGCUUUGUGAAGCUUGCCGUCGUACGUCCUCCUCUUCGUCUAUAGGCGGUUGCGUCUACCUCCUGCAGAUAUGGAUGUGGUUUCGCAUACCAGUUGGUCGACCACGUGUUUUCCAGCCUAGACCCUGGCCAUGGAUGAUUCAUGGAAAUGAACGUCUUCGACCGACGUAUGCUUAUAUUUGGGACCAAGUGGCAGCUCCUUUUGCGAGAGCUAAGAGGGCAUACAUGGAGUAUGUUAACGAGUUUGACACCCUUUCUGCCUCUAGCGUCACAUGGCAGCCAUACAACGCACCUGAGUAUGCUGGGAUGAUCUUUAGUGUAGUAUGCAGUAGUGAAGAUGAACUCUAUAUGAUGCAAUGUCCUUUGGUCUGUUUCUGGUGUGUUGAGUGGCACUUACCUCACAGGGUUCAGAGACAGUUUGGUAGGAACCAGCUAUGGCCGGUUGAAGAUGUUCCUACUUCAAAGGAGCUACACAAAUUUGACCGGCGGAAGCAAAAGAAGAUAACGGACUUUCGUCAACAUCAUCUGAUAUUAGUAAAUGAUUGGGAAUCGGGUGCUGAGAAUGUAUAUUCCAACGAUGAGUUGCACAACAACAGUGAUUACAGGCGGUACCAAGCUUGGUACCAGGGUGCGACUCGUUGUAAGCUUCGCCAGCAGUGGACAGCGGAAGACUACGCCGACAUUGAUUCUUCUGACGAUGAGGAAACGGAGUAUGACCUGUCCACUAGACUGGGAACCCAAGUGGAGGCGGCACCCAUAUUAGAUCGAGUGGGUAACACAUUGCGACGGUCGGUAGAGGACAUUGAUCGCCAACUUUUGACUACGGGCGACAGCAGCAUGCGCAGCUUCUUGCAGCGUUUAUCUAGGCGCCUACGUGGAGCUGCUGCUCGCUGUGGCUGCAGGACUACUGUUGCACAUGACGUCCAUGUACCAUCGUGUACCGACACAGCAACGCCCUCCACAGGUCUUGGUGCUGGCUUCGACUACGAUCACGACGAGAUAGGACCUUCACAGCUUGAGGGGGCUCCUUCGACACAGCCAUUACAACCACAAGAUCGUAGGCGACACCGCUCUCCACAACGUUACACUCCAGGCACCGACGCUUUAGGCAAGGGUAAGACUAGGAGACGUUGAAUUGGUUUGGACUCUAUGGACUUGUUAUGUAACGUAUGAAUUAUAUAGACUUGUAAUGGACUCAUUUGGCCUCUACGGGCUUGUAUGACAUUUUAAUGGACUUGUAUGAAUUCUAUGGACUUGUAAUGAACUUGUUUAGACUUUUAUGAGCUUGCUUGGAAUUGUUUA